UUUCUGACAGUCGAAACAAAACUUUUUAAUUGACGUGAGGCGUGUGUUCCCAAAAUUGGCGAAUCCCUUAUCAAGUUCUUAUUUUAUUAAGCAUUUCCAUUGAAUCUUAUCAUUAUCGUCUUAGAAGUGCUUUGUUAUAAAUAAUUCAAACCAAUUCAACCGGUUAAAAGUAUGUCGUAUAGUGGCCCGUCGAAUCCGCCGUGGCAGCGUAACACCCUGGGAAAUGCCGGCAAUCAACAGUCCCAAAUGCAAACUAACGCCUCCAUGCACUAUCCCAAUCAAGCGCAAAUGUACGGGCAAAACAUGGGAAUGGCUCAACAAACGCAACAGACGCAAAAUGUCGGGGUUGCGUCCUAUAAUAUGAAUCAAAUGCAAACGACAGCAACUCCUCUCUUUCCGCCCGUCUCGUAUCCUACACCGUCAGCGCGAGCUAAUUUAAAUCCUGUAGCGUUCGGCUCAUCACAGCAGCAACAACAGCCGCAGCAGCAGGCUCCCGCAACCAACUACAAUGCCGUAGGGGUUGUGACGAAAGUUCACAACGACUGCGGGUUCGUCGAUGACGAGGUUUUUUUCCACAAGAACGUAUGCAAGGGCACCGUUCCUAAGAUCGGCGACCGGGUGCUGGUUGAGGCUUCAUUCAACCAGAAUUCUCCAUUUAAAUGGAAUGCAACGAGGAUACAAAUUGUGUCUCCUGCCUCAGGGAAUAGCACCGGUGGCAGCAUGCCACGGGCUCCGCCACCGCCCAUCUUGAGUUCUGGUGGCAACAGUGGAUCGGGAUAUAAUGCAGUCCCUCCGCCAGGCGAGUACGCUGGUCAGUUCGGACGAAACACUUCUAGGCGUGCCUCUCCACCACCACCACCCAGACGUAUAUCACCAGCUCGGACGAGUCGCAAGGAUACCAAGCACAGCCGCGAUGAGGAGGAGUAUGAAAGGAAAAGGCGUCGUGAGGAACGAGAUCAACGUGAACGUGAGCGCGAGCGUGAACGCGAACGAGAGCGUGAAAGGGAGCGAGAACGGGAACGCCGAGACGAAAAACGAGACAGUCCAGAAAAGCGGGCAAGAAGUCCAGUUCGGCGAUCUUCACCUAAAAGGCGUAGACCACGUACUGUAAUACCUCGUUAUAUGGUGCAAAUUCCAAAAGUCAAUUUGACAUCGAGCGAAGCUGAUGUAUUCGAACUUCGCCAUCGUUACACAAAUCUCUACGUUCCUUCCGAUUUCUUUUUCACUCAAAUCAAAUGGGGCGAGGCAUUCCCCGCAAACAAUCCAUUCUCAAUCCAACGGCCUUGCCAAUUCCAAGUAAUGAAUAAAUGUGUGGAGCCACCUAAAAACACAGUUUUUGCCAGUGAUCCACCCGAUGCGGAUUACUUAUUUUCUGCAAAAGUAAUGCUAAUGGCAGUCCCGCCACUUGCCGAAAUUUAUCAAAAGUGCUUAAUGGAGGACAAAGAAGGUCAUCAUGAUGAUGAACGAGAUUACGUACAUCCAACUCGAUUGAUUAACUUCCUAGUGGGCAUUCGAGGAAAGAAUGAAGCAAUGGCAAUUGGAGGGCCGUGGAGCCCUAGCUUGGAUGGACCGAAUCCUGAUAAAGACCCAUCGGUCUUGAUUAAAACUGCAAUAAGGACGUGCAAUUUUUUGACGGGAAUCGAUUUAUCCGGUUGUACGCAAUGGUAUCGAUUCGUGGAGAUCUACUAUCGUCGACCGGAAAUUGUCCACAAGGGACAUUUGAUUCCAGCCCGUGUGGAAACAGUUGUUAUUUUUUUGCCCGAUAUUAAUUCCUGUAUGCCGACACGCUCCGAAUGGGAAAAGUUGCAGCAAACCUAUAAGGCAACAUUCGAACGUGUUCUCUAUCAAGCUGAACAUCCUGCAGAAGAUGAUGCAGCCGGUGGCGAUGGAUCGGCAGUUGACGAACAAUCUGCGAUGGAUACAACUUUAACCUCAUCCAAAGUAGCAGCCGGAAAUGAAUCUAACGAAAAAGCUGGUGUCAACGGUGGUGACAAAGCUUUAAGAGCAAAAGGCAGUUCAGAAUCAACCCCAGAAGAUGGCGGAAACGAAAAGGAAGAAAUUGCAGGUAAAUGUGAGAAAAUACCUUAUUCUGAAUUAGAUCCAAAAACAAUGAAGAUUCAGAAUUUACGUGAUCAAUUGACGGCACGCGGUCUUUCUUCUAAAGGGUUAAAGCCUCAACUCAUAGCACGUUUGGCGAAAGCUCUUAAUGCUGAACGGUUACAAGGAGAGACUAAAGAUGACACAAGCAAUGAAGAUGUUGAUAUGGAUAAGAGCGAAAAUGCUGGAGCAGACGGAGAAAAUGCUGACGAUGGCGACGGGUAUGAGGAUCCUGCGGAUGUUGACAUGAAUGAUAUUGUGGUUUUAGAUGAGUAUGACGCCACAAAACCUGAAGAGACAAAAAGUGGGAAAAAGGACGGUGUCAAUGUCCUCGAUGAAAAAGAGCGACGUCAGUUGGAACGACGUUACACGUUACCUGAAUCUCCGCAUAUAGUCGUGCAUCCAUCAAAAACAGCUAAAUCUGGGAAAUUCGAUUGUGCCGUUCAAUCAUUGUCUGUGCUUCUAGACUAUAGGCCAGAAGACACCAAAGAGCAUUCCUUUGAGGUUUCUCUAUUCGCCGAGCUCUUCAAUGAGAUGUUGAUGCGCGACUUCGGGUUUACCAUUUAUAAGGAAGUCGCAAUGUUGCCGGAAAAACCAAAAGACGCCAAGGAUGAAUCAACGAAAAAGAAAGAAGAUACUGCGGAGAAUAAUUCUAAUACAAACGAUUCUGAAAAGGGUGCCGCGGGAGAUAAAGCAGCAAAGGAUUCUGAUGGCAAGCAUGAUUCUAGCAACUCGCGAGAGAAAAGCAAAGAGGCGCGACCCAAUGAGAAUGAGAAAGGCGAUCGGAAAGGCCCAAUUAAAGACCGGCGAUUAUCAGCGAAACGUCCGCGCGAUGAUGACUCUGAUGAGGAUGACUAUUCCAUCAAAUCAGGCGAACGCAAAAGACGUCCGAAAAUGGUUGUUGCCAAACCUGAUCUUUUACUUUCUUUCAUUUACUUCGACACUACACAUUGUGGAUAUAUUUUUGAAAAAGAUGUCGAGGAAUUGUUCUAUAUCAUCGGACUUAACUUAUCUCGGGCCCAAGUUCGAAAGCUGUUGGGUAAAGUGGUUUCAAGGGAUGCUUUCUAUUACAGGAAGCUUACGGAUAAACCCAAAGAAGAAAACCCAACUGAGGAAAUUAAAACUGAAGUUCCUGAAGCUAGCAAUGAUGAAGAAAUGGUACAAUUGGCAAAAGGCAACAAGUCCUUCUUGCCAGUGUUUAAGAGCAAAGCGAAAGCAGCAGAGAAGUCUGAGGAAGCUGCGACUGAAACGACAACGGGAAUGGUUUCGUUUAAUGGGAGUCUAAUCGAUGUUGGGAAACUCAUUGAACAGAUGAAACGUUCAGAGCGUGGACGUGAAGAAACUGAAGAAAUUUUAAAUGAAUUACGGAAACAAAAUGCCGAACUACAAAGCACCCAAACAAAAUCUACAAAUAAAAUUAAAGAUCUUCAAUCAGAUGUGAAGAGCCUGAGUCGGAAGUUGUCUGAUACUGAGUCAAGCUUAUCCUCCAUAACGCGGAAAAACAACGAAUAUUACAGUAUUUUAUCAAGCGUAUACGACCGUGUGUCACCUCUGUUUAGCCGAUCGAAAGACCGCGAGAAGGAACGUGAAAAAGAAAAGGAAAGGGAUCGUGAGCAGCGCGAUAAAUCUGAACGUGAUCGUAAAGAUCGCAAUGAAAAGGACAAGGAUGAUGUAAAGGAUGCUAAGCCACACGUUAAAGAUUCGAAAGAUAUUAAGGAAGAGAAAACCGAUGAGAAUAAGUCGGAAGACAAAGUGGCUGAUGGCGAUGCAAAACAUUCCGGCUCAACAGUAACGAAUAACGGCCAGGAAUCCAGUGACAAAAAAGAGUUGGAAAAUGAAAACACCGAGAGUGCACAAAGUACUGAGAAAAAAGACGACACUCCUCAAAAGAAAUGAAUUGAUCACAACGGGGGACUUUCUUUUAUCCUUAGAUAAUAAAAUAUGUUUUAUAACUAACCCAAUGGUUUAUCACAUCAGAAAUGAGUAAUUAAAUGUUAACGUUCUUAACAUUUGUAGUGAGCAGAAAAAUUGAAUAAAAUGCUCGUUUCGUACAAAACAAAAA